AACAAUGUUUAAUAAUUCAUCCAAAUGAUUUAAAGAUUGAAAAUAAUCAACUAAUUGAUCAACAAACUAAUUUUAUUAUUGAACAAUUUAUUCUUGAACUACAUCAAGAUGAAAUUUUAAAUUUAUCUGAUGAAGUUCUGGAAUAUUUGAUUCGCAAUAAUGAAAUCAGUUAUAUAAAUGAUUUGCGAACAAUAUUUCUUUUACAUGAUAAACGUUUAUUUUCACUUUUAUCAAAUCAAUCAUUUCUCUAUGCUUUAUUAAAUAAUAAUCGACAAGAAACAAUUUCACAAAUAAUACCAAAAACGUUUGUUAUUAAUAAAAUACCAAAUUAUCUGAAAGAUUCAAUUGUUCAUAAUAAACAAGAUUGGUGUAUUAAACCAAAUUCUGGUGGAAAAGGUGAAAAUAUAACUAUAGGUGUUGAUGUGACAUCAGAUGAAUGGUCAAAACAAUUAUUAGAUUCAACUCAUGAACAAUGGAUAGUUCAAGAAUAUUGUGAAUAUGUGCAAUAUAAAUCGAUGAAUUUAUGUGGAAUGUUAUUAUGUUUUAAUGAACAAUGUUUCAAUAUGGGAAUAAUUCGUAUGGCUCCAAAUAAAAUUGUGAAUAUAUCUCGUGGAGGUUAUUAUAUUCUUCCUUUUGUACAUCAACAAUAUAUUCAUUCUAUGAACGAUAAAAGUAUUUUAACAAAAGAAAAAUUGCAUGAACAAUUAGUUGAAUUCAAAACAACUGAUAAGUAUUGGAAUCAAUCAGUUUAUCUCUCAUCAUCAGGUGGAAGUGGGGGAAAACGAUUAUUUUUUGCAACAGAUAUUCAACAAAAUCUUCGUCAAAGACAAAUUCUUGUUAAUAUGAUGUUAGAUAAAGAUAUUAUUUCUGAUCGUGAUAUUUGUUUAAAUUUAUUUCAAUAUGGAAAUAUUUAUCGUUCAUUUGAAAUCUUUAAUGACUUUUGCUCGAUGGCAAAUUGUACAACAAUUCCAAUGGGUGCAGAUGCAAGUAAUGAAAAUAUUUUAGAAAUGGUUGAAUAUUUUAAACCAAAUGUUCUUAUGGGUUCACCAUAUCGAAUAAUGCAAUUAGCACUUUAUUUAGAAAAACAAGAAAAAAACGAUAUUAAAUUUGAAAAAAUUUAUUUUGCAUGUGAAUCACUUGAUAAAAUAAAACAAGAUUAUUUUCAACGAAUAUUUCAUUGUUCAAUCUAUAUUGGAUUCUAUGGUUCAGCUGAAACUGGUGUUUAUGCAUGUCAAUCACCAAAAUAUUCUUCAACAAAAAUUUAUCUUUAUCCAAAAGAACUAGUUCAAAUUGAAAUAGUCAAGUCAAAAAUAAUUGUUACAAAUCUUAUUCGAAAACGAAAUCAAUUAGUUCGUUUUGAUUCUGGUGAUCUUGGACGAAUUGUUUCAAGAAAUGGAAAUAGUAAAUAUGGUUUGAUUGAAGUAUUUUGUAGUGAACGAUUGAUUAUGAUUGGUAAUGAUGAUCUUUCGAAGUCAGAUAUUGAAGAAACAAUGAAACAAAUUGAUGUAAUCGAAUGGCAAUUAAUUAUCGAUACUAUUUUACAUGAGAAAAUUAAUAAAAUUCUUCUUUUAUUCCGAUAUGUUAAAUCUGAUUUAACUUCCAAUGAAAUUCUUGAAAAAACUAUACAAAAUUAUUUACAAAAAUGUUUUGAGAAACCAUUAUCAACUCUUUCCGAAAAAUUAACUCUUCAAUUUGAAUCAAUUCAAUUUAAUGAAUUAAUUCGAAAUAAAACAUCAAAUAAAUUAUUAAAAAUUAUUGAUAAACGUUUAUAA